UUUGGCUAUUAUUCUACGUUUAGAAUCUCCGAUCUUUUAAAAUUUCGACUUACCCGCCUUUUUAAUAACUCUUACGUUUCUGCUCUAUUUUCACUUAAUAUAUCGUAUAUUUUAACGUAUUUAGAAUAAAAGAAAUAAAAGAUGGAUGUUCGUAUUACAACUUUUACAAAUCCAUUUUCAUUCUUUUGUAUUUUGGACCAGUGUGAUGAAAGCGACAAGUUCAUAACAGAAAUUGCGGAUGAUAUCAAUAUGAUGUCAAGUAGAAAUAACAUAACAACUUUUAAUCAUGGUCAAUAUGUUGCAGUUAUGUGGAAUAACAAGUGGGCUCGGGGAGUCGUUUCACUGGAGUCGCGGCUGCUCAUUUGGUUAAUAGACUAUGGUGUGUUUUUGCGUCCCAGCAAUAAUACAAUUUUUCUAGAUUUACCGUCACAGUUUCGAAAAUUACCUUCAAAAAUAUUUGAGGCCAGCAUUCAUGGUGUGGUACCACUAGAUAAAGUGUUGACUGAGGAAUGCAGAAUAAAAAAUCAGUUGGCAACAUCUUGGACUCCAGGCACUAUUGAACUAGCAAAACAAUUGAUUAUAAAGGCUGCCAAAAUACAUUUUCAGCCUAUUGCUCUUUUGUCCACACAACACAAUGAUGUGGUGAUUGGAAAUCUAUAUUUGGAUAUACCUGAUAAGGGCAUUGUCAAUUUAGUUGAUGAGCUGAAUACAUGGCCUAUAUUUUUGGAAAAAAAUAUAAAACAUUAUGUUGCUAAUCUUUCUAACUUCUAUAUUACUCGUAAAAUCCAUCAUGCUUGUAAGUUGAAGCCAAAUAUAACAUUUAAGUUACCACUUGUAACAUUGCAGUUGAGCCUUGAAAACUAUCUUGAUAUUAUAGAAAACAAAAAGGCAGAUAGUACUUUGAACAAUAUGUCUGUUUUGGAUGACACGAGUACUUUGAUAGAUUUCACAAAACCAGAAAAAUAUAAAAGUAAACAUAAAAUAUCACCUGAAGAUAUACAGAAGUAUGCUAAUAGAUAUAUAUUUAUAAAUGGCAGUGAGCAUAACGUUUUGACAAUAUUAAUAAAUAAGGCCAGAGAUUUAAACAUGUGUGAACGGUACAAGGAUUAUGAUCUCAAGUCUAUUGGAAGAGGAAUAUCAAAUAGAGCAUCAACAUUCGAUAAGCUGUAGCUACUUGACAGACCUUUGUGAAUGACUUAUAUUCUUUUUUGACAAUUUUUUGUUUUGUUUCUGGAAUUUCCACUAUAGAACCUUAUGUUCCCAUAACUUCAAUACUUUCUACACUGAGUUU